UGCGCAAAGGUCAGGUGUCGUUACGGAUGAUUGCUCUAAUAGUCGGCCUGUUGGCGGCUUCCAUUCAAGCGAUCUUUCCGGCCCCGCUCCAUUAUCGGGCACUUCAGAGGCUCAAGAUCCUCCAUCUUCGCCAGGGUUUACGCUACGCAGACGAGAUUGCUCUCUGCCCGGAGGCGGUGAUGGAGUUACACUGGUGGCUACGCCAUGCCGUCGAAUGGAAUGUCAAAACUAUAUUCAACUCCUGCCCAGACAUCAUCAUAGAGUCCGAUGCGAGUCGACAUGGUUGGGGAGCACGCUGUGGUCGAGCCACAACAGGAGGGAGUUGGUCAGAAGACGAAUCUCUUCUCCACAUCAACGCACUGGAAUUACUGGCGGCAUUUUUUGCAAUCAGGAGUUUUCUUCCACACAGAUCCAAUUGUUGCGUGUUAUUACGCAUGGACAAUGUGGCGGCAGUGCAAUAUCUCAAUCGCCUUGGGGGCACGAGAUCCAGGAUUCUGGCGAACAUUGCAUCAGACUUCUGGCAUUUUUGCCUAUCCAGGGACAUCAUCCCAGUGGCGGAAUACCUACCAGGUAUAUCCAACUCGGUGGCGGAUUGGAAUUCCCGUUACCUAGUCGAUUUCAGCGAUUGGACGCUCGAUCGAUCUGUGUUUCUCAUGAUUCGAGAACUUUGGGGUCCCUUACAUAUGGAUCUUUUUGCCUCUUGUCUCAACCGGCAAUUACCCCGCUUUUACAGCUGGAGGCCGCAGUCAGCAGUGGACGCUUUUCGUCAAGUGUGGCCGCAGGGGAUUCACUAUGCGUUUCCCCCAUUCCAGAUGAUUACCAGAGUUCUGCUGCAGGUAACAACUCAGAGAGCGACAGUGGUUCUGAUCACUCCUUGGUGGCCCACGCAACCGUGGUUUCCCCUUCUCCUGGGGAUGUCCAUCGACUAUCCCCGAUUGAUUCCCUGCGCACCUCUGCUUCUCACGAAUCCGAUCGGGGAACCCCACCCGUUGAUCCAGGAAGGCAAGCUUCCACUCCUCGUGUGGUUGGUUUCGGGGUCCCAGACGCUGGUAGCGACCUUUCACAAUCAGCUAGAGACCUCCUCGCCCUGGCCUGGGCCCCAGGGACUAGAUCGGCGUAUCGAUCAGCCUGGUACUUAUGGGUUCGUUGGUGUGAUCAACGACAGGUUGAUCCCAUUCAAGCACCUGUUCCCAUCAUAGUCAACUAUAUGGCAGAUGCUUUUGAGGCCGGAAAAUCUUACAGUUCCUUGAAUGUUUACAGAUCUGCCAUAUCGGCAUAUCACUGUCCGGUGGAUUCUCUACCGGUUGGCAAACAUCCGUUAGUGUGUAGAUUAUUGCGGGGAGUGAAAUUUAAACGUCCUCCCCGUCCUCGAUAUCAAUCGACUUGGGAUGUCUCCCGAGUAUUAGACUUCUUUACCUCCUGGGAUACCAAUGAAGCGCUAUCCUUAAAAUUUUUGUCGUUCAAAUUGACUACACUACUUUGUCUGGUUUCCAUUAAACGGGUGUCGGAUGUUAGAGCAUUGGAUGUCUCUAGGCGACAAUUUUCGCCUGAAGGUGUCCGGUUCUCGGUUGUUCGGAGGACCAAGACAGGACUUCAGUCAGUCUUUUACCCUUCUUUUCCGACUCAUCCUCAGCUUUGUGUAGUACGUUGUCUCCAAGCGUACGAGGCGCGGACAGCGACCUUACGUUCACUAUCUCAUACUCAACUUUUAUUAUCCUAUGUGAAGCCCCAUCUUCCAGUCAGUUCGGCCACUCUGGCCAGGUGGGUGCGGUCGGCCAUGUCUAUGGCGGGCAUCGACGUUUCCUUGUUCGGUGCCCACUCUUCUAGAGGGGCUAUGGCCACUAAAGUGGUUACCUCAGGAGGUUCACUUGCGGACCUCUUAUUGGCCGCCGAUUGGUCGUCAGAGACGACUUUUCGUCAAUUUUAUUUUAGACCGGAGGAACAUGUAUCCGUGGCGGUACUCUGAUUUGUCUUGCAUUACUAUUUUCUGUUGACUGUAUUUGUUAGCUUUAAACUUGCAAGAUAUGAGCCUCCUGUCUGAUAUAUAAAUCGAGAUUUUCCUAGCUAAUGUGACGGAAAAUAUAAGUUAUAUGAAGACAGGAGGCGAGUAUCUUCCCUCCCGACCCACCCUAUUAUGAUGUUUGUUUUCUUUUUAGGAUACUGAACAGAGUGGUCGACGACGUCUUCGUGGCAGUGGACGCUGAAACGUUCGGUUACUGUUGUUCUUACAGAGUUCCUGAUCCAGAUGGUCAGAAGGUUCGCGGCCCGGUUGCCCGUUUGUUCAAGGGUUCCUGAGACGGAGCUAUGCUACAUGGCGGUGUUCCGGGACUAAGUUGUCAGUCUAGACAUCGCAGCAAGAAAGAGGAGGUUACUGAACGAAGGUGUUGGAGCCAGGUUGGCGGUUGACAUGUUCGAACUAAGGUUCGGGUUUCUUGAUCCCCGUUGGGUCGACAUCUGUUUCCAGAGAUUGAAGUUCUUCAGCUCCCGUUGGAGCCAAGUGGCGUCCUGUGAGCCGGAGGGCCGGUCGGAAGAGGAGUCCGAUUCCUGUGCAGCAGUCGGAUCUGGUGGCCGAUCGCUGUUGGUGUCCGGUUGACCUGUUGGUCGAAGAUAUUUUUUCUUUCCUAGGGUCCCCGUUGAGACGUGGUUGGAGUUGGCACGGUGGAUCUCCGAUUCCCAAGAUAUCGGGCCGGCUGGCUGCGGUGUCGGAAGUUUGAGGUGCUAACCGGGGGACAUCCCUAGUUCCGGUGCGGCGGUGUUGUCGCAUGAAGAAAGAGGAAGUUAUAUGUGGGGGCAGUCCUUAUAUAGGGGCUGCUGGAUUAGGAGUGGCUAUUGUGCCCCAAGGACUGCUGGGAUAUGUAGUUUUUAAAGUUUUUCUGUUCAUUUACAUUUAAUUGAAUAGUGAAUAUUCUGCUAUGGGCAUUAAUAAAGAAAGAUUAAUGCAUAAGAUACUCGCCUCCUGUCUUCAUAUAACUUAUAUUUUCCGUCACAAGCUAGGAAAAUCUUUAUUUAUAUGCUGUAUUAUACUCCAGAGCUGUACUCACUAUUCUGCUGGUGAGGUCACUGUGUACAUACAUUACAUUACUUAUCCUGUA